UAUAAGCCACGGUCUUCAAUAUUUUCUCCGGCGGUUACAACGGAAUAUUUUGGUUUUCCUGCCGCUUUACUUUUAUUUCUAAAAGGGAGACGUUUACAUGUCGGACUCUCCUCACACCCCGACAUCCAAGAUACAGAGUGGGAGUAAAGAGAAAAUGAAAAAGAAGAAUGCUGUGUUGGAAAGCGUGGAGUAGAGCUUCGGGCACGCUUCUGGCAUGGCUACAGUGGGAGGUGUUAAAAACUUUGAUGAUCCCGGACUAGGCGCUCACCACGUAUUUUCCGUGGUAGUGGGUUGUUACAGCUCAUUGCAGUUUUUUCCACUGGGGAGCGGCUGAUUGUAUGAAAAUAAACACCCAUUUGUUUGGAGGCAAGUCUGCAUGCUUUCGGCUGAGUCUGAAUCUUGAACUUCCUGAGAAGAGCAUCUGGGCUUCAACGUUCUUACCAGGCAACAUUUGCCAUUUGAGGACAUGAACUCACAAGUUGUCCACUCUGUUACUUUUCCCUCCUGACAUAACCGCUCAGUACUGUGAUCCGCCUUUUUAUUUGUUCAGGUCUCUUUGCAAGGAAGUAGACCAGCAACUGCAAUCAGCUGCAGUCCUAUCACACCUUCAUGAUGUUUCCCUUGACCAGAAAUGCACUAAGAAGGUUCAAGAUUCGAAGCAUUCAACAAAUUAGACAAAGCCAUGAAAAACACUCACCAGAUUUUCAUGACAAAUAUGGUAAUAUUGUGCUGGCCAGUGGAAGCGCUUUCUGUGUUGUUGCAUGGGUGUUUACAGCCACACAGAUUGGAAUAGAAUGGAACCUGUCUCCUGUUGGCAGAGUCACCCCAGAAGAGUGGAAUGAUAAAUAACCAUCCAAGUUACUGUAAUACAAAAUUGUUCCCAAGUCGACUUGUUGUUUAAGCACUCUGCUUCUCAUUAAAAUAUAGCAUAAUUAAAGAAAUAAAAUACGUUUGAAACCUU